UCUUCAACUCGCAGCGCGUACGACAAGUCGGUUUUUGGUCCCGUGAUCUGGUCGCGAUCUUGUGAUUUCUUUUACCUAUUAUCGCGCGACAUAAGUGGGACAGAGUGAGACGGAAAACGUCAGAGAAAAGUCCCCUGCUGGUAAGCCCUCCGAAAACGGGCUACUUCGAGAAGUGAGUGAGAGCGAGAAAGCAAAAGAAAACACAGUGGCACAGAGCUGAGGCACUGUUGUGUACCACGAGAUAUAACGGGUUCGAAGGAAUUUUCGAAUCUUCGAACGAAACUGUAGUGUGUGGUCAAGUGAGUGUUGUGCUUGCGAGAUUAGUGCGUUGUCAAUCAAUCGUCCAGCUCCAGAUCAAGUGCGAUCGGAUUUGUGAGCCUGCUGUGCGGUGAAAUCUAAUGUGCAUCGCGUCUGCUGCUUCGCCACCACAAUGCUCACGAGAUGGUUACUUCUGUUUCUUGCCACGGUCGCUGCAAUAGCCACCUACGUGCAUGCUUGGCGUCCGUGUCCGGAGUUGGAUGCUGCGAUCAAACUACCCUGCCGAUGUAACAUCGAAGCGGUUGGCAACAACAGCCAGUAUGGAUUCAUCGCCGUCGACUGCGAACGAACUGCUUUGACGGGUGGCUUCCCGGCCGGUCUGCCAGUGAUUUCCCUCUCACACCGGAGCAGUGGACAUCAAGCCAUCCCGGACCUGUCGAUGCUGAAUGCUGCCAUCAGGCGGUUGGACUUUUCGAACAAUGCCGUUCGAUCACUACCGGACAAGGCAUUCUCCGGUGUUGGGGAACACAUCACCGAGCUACGUCUGGCCAACAAUCUUCUCGGAGAUAACCUGAAUCCGAUCUUCUCCACCACCGAGCUGCAAACACUGAAAAGCCUCAAGCUCCUCGACCUGUCCCACAACCAGCUGAUGGCACUGGACGAAGGAAUCUUCGUGGGCUGCCGAAAGCUGCAGGACAUUCAACUGGAUGGCAACAAACUGUCCGACGUUCCGGCAAACUCCUUCAAGGAUCUUCCUGCCCUCCGGCUCAUCUCCCUCCGGAACAACCUGAUCGAGAACGUUUCAUCGGAAUCGUUCGAGUUUUCGAACAAACUGGAACGGAUCGAUCUGCGCUACAAUCGGAUUCACAUUCUGAAAGCAAACGCCUUCUCCACGCUGCCAGCGAUGAAAGAAUUGCUGCUAGCAGGAAAUUUAAUCAGCCUCGUAGACGAACGUGCCUUCAUGGGUGCCGAUUCGAUCCAAAAACUGGAUCUAUCCGAUAACUUGAUAGGAGAAUUCCCCACGGCCGCCUUGAGUUCGAUCGAAUCCCUCAAAGUGUUGAAUCUUUCGCUGAAUAACAUCGAUAAGCUGGAAUCAAAGCAUCUGCAGCAGUUGAAAAACCUUCAAAUUUUGGACAUUAGCCGUAACGUGAUCGCAUCAAUUCUUCCGGGAACGUUUCGCGAUCAAACCCUGCUUAAGUAUCUGGAUCUUAGCCUGAACUCACUGCGAACCAUCGAGGAUGAUGCUUUUGAAGGAUUGGACAACCUUCAGACUUUGAUCUUGCGAGACAACAACAUUCUUCUGAUUCCGGGCAGUGCUUUGGGCAGGUUGCCUCGUCUCUCGAAUCUGUACCUGGACUUCAACCGGGUGGCAGCCCUCUCUUCCAGUAUUCUAAAGUCAAUUCAACCGGAAAACAUCCGAUACCUAUCGCUGUCACGGAAUGUAAUCCGUGAACUGCCAGCCAACAGCUUUACUUCAUUCAAGAAACUGAUCUACCUGGAUAUUUCCGGCAAUAGCUUAGGUGUGAUCAACGAGGACACCUUCGCCGGUUUGGAUAACACUUUGAUGGAGAUCAAGAUGUCGUACAACAAAAUCUCCACGUUCCGGAAGAUCGUCCUGCCGAAGCUUCGUCGGUUGGACAUCAGUUCGAACAGCAUCGAUGAUCUGGCAGUGGAUGCUUUCCAUGGGCUAGGAAACCUCCUGUACCUGAACAUAAGCGGGAACGAACACGUUACGCAAAUCACUCGGACUAUGAUCUACCCAUUAAACAAGCUGCAGGUCAUCGAUAUGAGCAACUGUGGUUUGAAGGUAAUGAAACCGGAUCUAUUCCACAACAACACUGAGUUGAGAAUUGUUCUCUUGAGUCACAACCACCUGAAGACCGUGGAUGAAAAUACCUUCAUGGCUUUGAACAGUUUAUUCAACGUUGAUUUCUCGCACAAUGAAAUUACCACGAUCAAGCCUCGAUCGUUCAUCAAUACGAUCAAUCUGAGAACGCUCAACCUUAGAGGUAACAGCCUGGAGGAAUUUAAAGCGGACAUAUUCAACAGUGAAACGGCAAUGGAAACGUUGGACCUGUCGGACAAUGAGAUUACAGCGUUCGCUUCGAACACCUUCCGUAUUCAUCCGAGGUUGCGAAAAAUCAUCCUGGCCAGAAACAAUAUCCAGCGGUUUGCUCCAGAGUUGACGAACAGCUUGGACUUCCUUGAGGUGAUUGAUCUCAGCGGGAAUCAGUUGACGAUUAUUGACCAGUUGGAUUUUGCUCGAUAUGCUAAUUUGAGGGAGCUGUACUUUGCCGACAAUGAGAUCGAAAUGGUGAAUGAUAUGGCAUUCCACAAUUCGACGCAGCUGCAGAUAAUUGAUUUGAGCCAAAACAGAUUGGAGCGGUUGACGGAGAGGAUCUUCGAGGGUUUGACGCGACUGGAGCGGCUGGAUAUGAGUCAUAAUCCAUUGCAGGAGCUACCCGAGGGAUUGUUCGAUAAGAGUCGAAUCCAGAAGGUGGAACAUUUAAUUCUGGCGAACAACAGCUUCAAAUCGAUUCCGUUCAACGCUCUGAAAGAUCAACAUGACAGUAUCUACACGCUGGAUAUGAGUCAUAAUCAGUUGAAGGAUAUUCCUUCGACCAACACCUACAUGGUGAUGGUAAACAUUAAGAAUAUAGAUUUUUCGUUCAAUGCGUUGUCGGAACAGGCGAUAAAAAUGUUACUGGAACAGCCAAAAACGGCAAGGAAAUUAAAUUUAGCGAGCACUGGAAUUGAACGGUUGCCGAUCUUGGAAACUCCGUACCUUCAGGUGCUGAAUCUAUCUAUGAACAAUAUUAGUUCCGUAGGUGAUCGUGUUUUCGAUAAGACUACCUUGCUAGAAGUGUUGGAUCUUUCUUCAAACAGUUUAGAAAACAUCGAUUCCUUGAAACAAGUAUGGCCUAAGCUGGGCUUGCUGAGCCAUUUGGACCUGUCGGAAAACCCAAUCAAAGCGAUCAUGGCUCACGCUUUCGAUUCCCUUGGAGCGUUGAAGGUUCUGAAGAUGCGAGAUCUGGGUAAGAUCAGUCGGUUGGAAAAGAAUGCUUUCAAGCCACUGAAUAGCCUCUCGGUGCUGGAAGCUUUCAACUUCGCCAAGCUGGGCUAUAUCGAUGUUCAAGGUAUACUGCAAGAGUUGCCCUCGCUGGCUGCGAUUGAUAUUGAAGUCAAGGACUCCGUACUGGAAUCGGAUCAACUGCAGGUUAUCGAUCAUCCCAAACUGAACCAUCUGGGUCUGUACGGACGGAUGCUGCAGAGUCUCUCUUCGGGAAGUUUUGCGGGUCUAAGAAAUAAAUUCCUGAGUGUUAGUUUGAAGAAUACCUCAAUUACGGCUCUUCCACCAGCCCUGCUAUUCCCGUUGCCACGAUCGUCGCACAUUGAUUUGGACAUUUCGGGAUCGAAGAUCACAACACUGACUCAACCUUUCCUGAGUUCGAUGGAUGACCGCAAGAAUAGUUUGACGAUCACCGGCUUGAAUGCAAACCCAGUGCAGUGCGAUUGUCAAGCAAGAGCAUUCCGAAGAUGGAUCAUGGCCGCCAAGGUCAUGGACGUGAAGUGUGCUUCGCCGGAAGGUGUUCGUGGGCGGCUGUUGAUUGAAGUGGGUGAUAAUGAGUUAGUUUGCGAUCAAAAGAAACCUACGACGACAACGAGUAGAACGUCGACGAUCACGUUCACAAACUACACAUCCGGAUUUACGCAGGUUAUUACCAAGGUUACCCCGACCACGGAACAGGACAUUAUUUGGAGCGUCGCUCCGACGGCAAAGACCAAGACAAAAACAAAGAUGCCUCCGAUGAAGCAGAUGCCGAUUACCAAUGACGAUAUGCUAAUUAUCGGAAUUGUGGGUGGAGUGAUUGCGUUCAUCUUUCUGCUGGUAGUGAUAAUUUGUAUCUGCAGAGUGCGAAUGAACAACGACACCUAUCGAGGUCCGCCAAUUGGAAUGUCCACGAUGCAUCCCAAUGGAAUGCAUGUGAACUACAAGAGCGGGAAGGGAACACCAAUCUAUCCGAUGGUUGCUCCGUAUGGACAGAAUUACGCUACGUUACCCUACAAGCAGAGCUCUUCGCCGGAUGCGCAACCUCGACCGAACUACUCGACGAUCGGGAGAAUCCCGUAUCAAUACCAAAACCAACACAUGAUGCCACCACCUUCUCAACUCUCAGCUGCCUCGAUGCACUCAGUACACUCGGGCCAGAACCCCUACAUGGCUUAUCAGGACGAUAAAGCCUACCGAUAGUCCCAGCUUCCCCCCUCCCCAUUCCGUCCUCAUCAUUGAGAUUUUUCUUUUAGCCUUUAAUUUAUUUAUAACUGCUAAGUACAAUGUUCUGUAUUUUUAAAACGUGAAAUCCAGUCGUAGAACUGCCGGAGAAACUGCCAACCUCUUGUCACUCUGUCGAUAAUUUUCCGAUCUACAGGAUAUAAGAGUGUGACACUGAAGUCAAUACUUAGAAACGAAAAACGAAAAUGCUCAAAUCUAUGUUUACACUAAGUCGAGAACCUCUAGGACCUUGCCCCGAUGGAAGAAAAGAAGCCUUCCAUCGAAUGGACAGGGGGUAUUGUUGUUAAAUAGCUCUGUAGAAGAUGAACUCAGAUGAAACCGUUUAUGUGUGGUGGUGCAACUGAUGCACAGAUUGAAACAAUGUCACACUUAAGCAAACACUUUGUUUCUGUACUUUUUCGUUCAUAAAUAAAAGAAAACAAGUGAAAAAUGUGCCCUCUAGUA